GGCAGAGCUGUCAUCCCGAGCGCCGCAAUGAACAGCUAGCUUGUUUUAUUGGAGGCGACCUCGCAUGCCGUCGCGCUUUUGCGACGUCGGUCCUUGAUCCUAGUCCUUGUACGUGGAUGACACUGCUCAUGAGCCCGACUAUACCGUCUUGGGGCCUUUAUCACGGCAGCUCGGGGCUCCAAACGACUUCGCCCCCUUCGCUUCUCAAUGAGUAUUCCUACAAACCCACCGUCUCCACUCGGCGUCUACCGCGUGCUGUCUCCCAAUGCCAGCCUGCGCAUCUCGCCUCUUCAGCUUGGAGGCAUGAUCGUGAGGGACAGGCCUGAGGGCGGGAGCUCGCCACACCUCAACCAGAAGAAGGCAUUCGAAGCCCUUGACGCCUUCUACAAGUUAGGCGGCAACGUCGUUGACAUGGCGAACCUCCCUCAGUCAGAGUUCACGGAGGAAAUUGUUGGAGAAUGGAUGGAAGCGCGAGGCAACCGGGACGAGAUGGUCGUCUCGACCAAGUACACUGGCAACCUCAAGAGCGGCCAGCAAGCCAACCUCAGCAUCGACUCCAGCCUCAAGAGGCUGCGCACGCACUACAUCGACAUCCUCUACGUGCACUGGUGGGACUACCGCACGAGCAUCCGCGAAGUCAUGGACCACCUCCACGCGCUCGUCGUCGCGGGGAAGGUGCUCUACCUCGCCGUCGCGGACACGCCGGCGUGGGUCGUGUCGGCUGCCAACGAAUACGCGCGCAUGGCGAACAAGACCCCGUUCUGCAUGUACCAGGGCGGGUGGAACGUGCUCGACCGCGUCUUCGAGCGCGACAUCAUCCCCAUGGCCAGGCAGUACGGCAUGGCUGUCGCGCCGUGGAACGUCUUCGCGAAUGGCAAAAUACGCAAUGACUUUCACGAGUCGGACGGUGACGAGGAUACGGAAGUGCUCAAGGCCUUGCGGAAGGUCGCCGAUGAACUCCACGUCGAGAGCAUUCGCAGCGUCGCCCUCGCGUACCUCAUGCAGAAGACGGCGUAUGUCUUCCCGACCGUCAGCGGCCUGGACGUCGAUGCCUUCAACGAAUACCUCAUCGCACUGGAGAUCUCGCUCACAGAACAGCAGCUUAAGCUCAUCGAAAACGCGAAAAAGUUCGACCCUGGGUUUCCUCAUUCAACUAUCGGCGACGGUGACAAAAACAAUGGACUCCUAGCCGAUAUCAGCUUUGGAGCAGAGGACCGUUGGCCAGUUCAGAAGCCAAUAGGCGCGGCUUGAGUGGAUGGCAGUGUCCCGAACUGUAGUAAGAACAGUUCUCAUGCCCACAUCGCAAUAUAGCAUCCAUCUGUACAAGCCUCAGUUGACAGGGGGAUCAAUGACAUGAGCUUCGAGUCAAU